CCAGAAUCAUCAUGCGUUUACUAAAGGACAGCUUCAUCUCUGUCCUGCCUAUCUUUGCACUCUUCACACACUCUGCAGAGGCUCAAAAAUGCGACCGAAUCAAAAUCGGGAACGAGUACUACAAGAGACAACUCAUAGCUACCAUAGACGGCUACCCAACAGGCAUCGUCAUCGACCCAAGGAGUGACAACAUUUUUUUCAUCCUCCACAAAAGAAAUUACACCAGAGGAAUACAUUUACUCAAGCACGGCGCUUUGGGUAUCAAAGAGAUACCAAUCGGCGAUGACAUGACAGGCCAAUGUGUCGCUAUAGAUGUCCCAAGCAAUGUGAUCUAUUUUGGGACAAACCAAGGACUUGUUACCUUCGACUCUACUAGAGAUAUCGUUGCUUCAGAGAGACCUAUAGGCGAUGAUGACAUUCGUUCUAUAUUCAUAGAUAAAACAGACAAUCAAAUGUACAUGUCCACUGGCCCUAAUCAUGAAAUCUUCAAGUUUGUCAAUGGAUCUUAUGCCGUAAAAAGGUACGAAAAAGUCAUGAAAGCAUACAGCUUUGUGCUAGACGCUAACGGCAAUGCGUUUUACGAAUUCGUCGACGGAAGAAUAUACUUUUUCGCUACUGAUUACUAUGAGCCUAUACAAUAUAAAGGUUUUUCUAGAGAACUUAAAUACAUACUAAGAUUAAACACGCAAGACGAAGCUAUUGUAGCUGUAAAGGGUUCUCUGUUUAAACUAAGUACGAAAAGCAUAUUGCCUGUGAAAAUUGGACAGCUAGGUUUCAAAAUUACUGGGUUAGCGUUUGAUGCAAAGAAUAAUAUAAUUGUUGGAACUAAAGGGAAGUUGUAUAGAUAUAAGCCGAUAAAUAGUAAUGAUCCUUGUCCUGCUGACGAUUAUUUUAUGGCCACUAUUUAGAAUGAAUCAGUCUUAGUUAAUCCGAAG